AUGGACAGGGAAGUUGAAGAUUUUAUAGCUUUCACCGGUGCCAGUGAUCAGAUUGCCCGGCAAUAUCUAGGACUUACAGACAAUAACUCUGAACAAGCAAUCCAAUUAUUUUUUGAUUCUCCAGAUCUUGCUUCUAGUCUAAAUCAUGCCCCUGUCGAAUCGGUCUCUUCGAUACCCAGUGCCACUCGAACACAGCCAAAAAUAACAGGCCCCAAGAACCUGAGUAAUACGAAUAAUCUGGAUAAUAAUGAUACAAUGAGUGUAGAUAAUGAAGAUGAUGAGGUGAUAGCCAUUUCUGAGAAGCAAUUUACUGCUAAAGAAAAGAGCAAGACGUUUGAUGACGAUGAAUCUAUCGCCCGGAGGAUUCAGGCACAGCUUUACGAAGGAGGUGACCCCAAAAAUUUAAAUGAUAUUGAUAGUGUGAGAGCACCGCUUGAACGUCGUACGGAAAUUCUCGUUGGGGGUGCCGAAGGAGACUGGCAAGACAAUCCAAUGCACGCUUCCGCUUUGCAACAAAUGAGGGUAGCAUCAUCAACUAGACCUGGGGUUUUCAACCAGAUACCAACUCCUUCCAUAUGGGACCAAGGCACUAGCCGUGGGCUUGGACUCGGGAUUGUAAGUGGAGGAGUAUCAGAAACAUCUAAGGCUGCGCGCCUCGCCGAGUUAUUCAGGCCACCUUUUGAGCUCAUGCGUCAGGUACCCUGGAAUAUUGCUAGAGAUCAGGGUAAAGAGGAAGAAAAAUGGAUGUUGGUCAAUGUACAAGACCAAUCAAUCUUUGAUUGUCAACAGUUAAACCGAGAUAUAUGGAAGAAUGAUGGAAUAAAAGAAAUUAUCAAGGAAAACUUCAUAUUCGUGCAGUACUCUAAAGACGACCCUCGAGGAGCUCAGUAUAUUCAGUACUAUUUUCAAAAUAAAGACAGUGGUGCAGCAUACCCCCAUAUUGCAAUUGUCGAUCCUAGAACUGGAGAGCAGGUAAAAGUCUGGUCAGGACGUCCCGUGCCCCAGGCUCCUGAUUUUCUCAUGCAGCUCUACGAAUUCCUCGAUAGAUACAGCCUCGACAUUAACAAAAAGAAUCCAGUCGCAAAUAGAAAACCAAUUGAUUCGCUGACACACGGUAUAGACCGUCUAACUGAAGAACAGAUGUUAGAUUUAGCUUUGCUGAAUAGCCUUGCCAAUUGUGCAGCCCCUGUACACACAGAAACUGACCCCGACGACUUGACCAAGCUUCCUGGUAUCGUACAGAAAGGGAAAGGCAAGGAAUCCGAGCACACUCAAGCCGAAUCAAGCUCUCUUAAUCCUCCAAAACCUUUCUUUUUGAUACCGUCUGACCAACCACACAUAGAACCUGAAAUGGGUCCCGGAGCGACCCGUAUUCAGUUUAAACAUUCAGACGGACGGAUUGUUCGCGUAUUUCGUGUAGAUGAACCCGUAAGAAGAAUAUAUGAAUGGUUAAAGUCUGAGCCUAUCGAAAGCAAGGAAGGCAUUGAAUUCGAAUUGAAGGGAAUGGGAAAAGAUUUGAUCAAUCACUUGGAUCAAUCCAUAGGGGAAUGUGGGCUUAAAAACGGAACAGUUAUGGUAGAGUUCUUGCAAUCAGAUGAUUAG